AUGGAUAAAGAUCAGCGAAUCGUCAUUAUUGGGGCUGGGGCCUUCGGUCUGGGCACUGCAUUGAGACUAAAGGAAGAAGGCUACAAGUCAGUCACCAUCCUGGACCGCUCAGUACCUCCGGUUCCAGACGGAUCUAGCAAUGACAUCUCUCGCAUUAUUCGAUUCGAUUAUGGAGACCCCAUCUACGCUGAGAUUGCAAAAGAAGCAUUCGAUCUUUGGAAGACCCCGGAUUAUCAAGAAGCCUUUCAUCAAACACCCUGCUUAUGGGUCUGUCAAGAUGGCACACCAGAACAGCCCGUGCAGCCCCGAGCACAGGAGUAUAGCCUCAAAACAAAGCGUGUCUUGACUGAGAUGGGCCAGGAAUGGGUUUCCGUCGGGAGCGUGGAAGAGGCGAAACAACAUUUCCCCAAGUUGACUGGCCGACUAGCUACUCCUGGGUUUGACGGGUUCUACAACAAAUCCGCUGGGUGGGCAGAUGCAGGCCUUGCUUGUGCUCGUCUCAUGUCUCGUUGUGCUUCAGCUGGUGUGUCUUUCAUCACAGGUCCGAAUGGCCAGGUCGAAGAAUUCGAAAAGCGACUGGACGGUACGAUCAAAUCUGUCCGUACCAAGAACGGACGGAUUGAGGGCGACCAAUUCAUCGCCGCCACUGGAGCAUGGACUUCGAGUCUCAUUCCGGCUUGGAACUCAAUGCUCGCCGCUGGACAGGUUGUGGGAUAUCUUCGUCUCACCCCGCAGGAAGUCACACAGCUCAGAGACCUGCCUAUCUAUUUCAAUUUUUCCACUGGCUUCUUUGUGUUCCCUCCCCACGAGCCUACUGGCUACCUGAAAGUUGCCUGUCAUGGUUUCGGUUAUACUCGCGCGGAGCCUUCGGUCACCUCCGCACCGCCCAGCUCAGCAGUUGCUUCGCGCGCUAAUUAUAUCCCCGCCGAUGGAUUGAAACGCCUCACGUCAGGAUUAAAGGAUAUUUUCCCACAGCUGGUAUCAAGGGGGUUUGAAAAGGUGGGAAUCUGUUGGUACAAUGACACUCCGACCGGAGAUUUCAUCUUUGAUUUCCACCCAGAGCACAAGAAUUUGUUCAUUGCUACUGGAGGAAGUGGGCAUGCUUUCAAGUUCCUGCCUGUUAUCGGAAAAUACAUUGUAGGAAGCUUCCAACGCAAGCUUUCUCGGGAGUUGCUUGACAAAUGGAAGUUCCCUACCCAAUUCCGUGAGCGUUUCCAGGGAGAGGUAUUCACAGGAGAUGGAAGUCGCGGAGGACCAGAGCGAAGGGAGUUGACCGCUCAAGAGCUCGACACAUUUGACACGGCAUUGAGAGCUGCUUCAUCCCGACCAAGCAAGAUUUGA